CACAAAUAUGCUAAGCGAAAGGCCAUUCCAUGCGCAAGACAACCUUCUGAACGCCUUCGCGGGUGCCACAGUUCACGACAUUAACGCAUAACAAUCCAAUUCUCAUACCACAAUUUCAUGAUGCGUUGUCCCCUUCUUUAGCGAUGCAAUGAUUUUGUUUGUCUAUCCUAGCAUCUACGACGAGUUGGCAGUGAUCGGACAUAAUGUCCUCUCCAGAUAUAUUUUCACACUCUCCCCAGAGCGAACACAAUUCAAUUGCUUGACUGCGUCUUGCGACACGCUCUUGAUCUCUCCUCGCGAUGUGCAAUAUUUCUUUACGGCUCUUUUCGAUCUCCUGUGGGAGAUGAUGUCUUCUGUCGGAAUGAAAACGGCGUGUCAGGACAACAUCUAUGGCGAACUUUCUGGAGAUCUGACUGUUCCGGUGACGUACCAUGAACUCUGGUAUCCUCUGGAACAUCUUCUCUAUGGGCCGGAACUUUCUCAGCCUCUCGCCAGCGCUGUACAACGCACUCUCGACUACCUCAAAGGCAUCACACGACCUGACCAUCGCGGCUAUCAUCAGCACAGUCAAAUUCUCGACCUUAAUCAAUACAAAUCGUCGUCUCGCCUGGAGAGACGUUCUCACUGGCCAGACCAGUAGGAUGCCGAGCGUGAACUGCAUCCCCGACUC